UUCGUUUCGGACCGGAAGUAGUUCUAUUCUGCUUCUAAUUUAAUAUUACAGCAAAGGGAAGUCAAAGUUAUGUAUUUGGGGAUUUUUAAUUUUGUGGUACACAGGAAUUUUCUUCAAAUAAACCCUUAGGUAGACUUCACGACGAGUCAUGCUUAAGGAUCAAAAUGGCUGCUCUCUUCAGACGAAUGGACAUGCCUGGCAUGGGUUCGUUGAGUAGAGAUUCUGUGGUGGGCAGCACCAUGGGCAUAACCCGACUGGUCAGUGAUUUGUGUGAAAUUCAUCUAGCAGGCCUGCCCAGGACAGGAGCCUUGAGAGAUGUGUGGAAACGACGGCUAAAACAGAAGGCCUAUGGGAUCUUGCUUUCCCGAAUUUUCCAGGACAUGCGGACAUCCAAGACUGCUUCAGUUGGUUCUGGAGUGUCCACAACUCCUGGGAAGAACAAGGUACUGAUGCUGUCGUUUAAUCUGCGCGUGUGUGGUAGGGAGGAGGAUGCUCAGCGUUUGGAGGAAUUACUGGCAAUGCUGGAUGGACCUGGCAUGCUGCAUGAAACUGGUGCAGUCUUGGACCUGCUGGUGGACUUAGCAGGCACAGUGCCCCCUCCACCCCAACUCUUCUCUCGAGAUUUCUUUCGCCGUACUCGCAAGGUUAUUCGGCAACAGGAGCUGACAGGUUAUGAACAUCCAGAACUUCGGCAGCUAGAGGCCCGAGCUCGGGCGAUGGUGUGUGGUGAAGAAUGGGCAGCUAUUGACAGUGUGCAUAGAACAAUGACUGUUAUGGAUGCACCCCCAGGAACGGGGCUGAGCACCCUUCGGAUGCAAGGGAGAGGACCUUUUGAAGGAGAAGAGAGAUAUGAGCGGGAAACUCGCCUUUCUCUGUUUGGAGCUCUGGUUCACUCACGUACCUCAGACCUAGACAUUCGCUUGGACCUGCCUCCAGUACCCAGUAAUGCAGAGCUGACUGGACUGGCAAUUCGGGUUCCUCCAAGUGUUGACCAGUCAGAAGAUGAAGGGUUCCAGUCUGCCUCGAAUUUGACACCAGACUCCCAAUCAGAGCCCAGUCUGACACCUGACCUUGACAUCUGGGAAGCUGUACUCAAUUAUGAACCCAGUCAGAGGCGCUGUUGGGAGCGUAUUGGCUGUCCCCCUGGCAAAAAGGAAGAUCCGUAUGUGACUGAAGCUGGUAGAGCGGCCUUUGACCAACUUUACCAGGUCAGGGAGGCAGAGAUCCGCCUGCUGAGUGGCUCGCUGUCUCUUUCUCUUGCUCAGCCUGGUCCACAGAGUGAAGCAGACCUCGUCAAAGAUGCUCUCAAUGUUCUAAUUGGUGUGGCAUCAGCAACUUUCUCUUUGAACCAGACUGCAACUGGUUUCCAGGUGAAACAUGGGAUCUUUAUCUCUGGCACCUCUUCAGAGAGUGUGACUAGUCUACUGGGAGAGUUGGAAGAGUGUGGUACCCACUACCUCAGGCUAAGUCGCUUUUCACUUCAGCCAGUCUUCAGCUCAAGUGCACAAAAGGGCCUCAUUUUUCAGGCCUUCACAGCAGGAGUACGUCGUUAUCUGCACUAUUAUCGGGCCUGUGUCCUCUCCACACCACACACCCUCAGCCUGCUCAAUAUCGCUUUUCUUUUCAAGAAGCUUGGACGGCAGCUCAGGUACCUGUCAGAGCUAUGUUGGUGUGGUGGCACUGCAGGGGCACUUGGGCUCAGCAGGGUGGGCACUGGCUCCUUCCCCACUGGAGUGAAGCUGCUCUCCUAUUUAUACCAGGAAGCUCAGAAUAAUUGCAGCAAUGAAAAUUACCCUGUCCUGCUGUCACUGCUUCGUAGCAGCUGUGAACCCUAUACUAGCAGGUUCAUCUAUGAUUGGGUGUACAGUGGGGUAUUUCGGGAUGUCAGUGGUGAAUUUAUGAUCCAGGUUGAUGAGGACUACCUAGGCUGCAGAGACCGGCACUUUUGGACCCAUGGUUACGUGUUGAUCUCAAGAGAUGUGGAAGAGUGUGUUCCAGUCUUCCUGCAGCACAUAGCCAACGAUAUAUACAUGUGUGGCAAGACAGUCAAUCUUCUCAAAGUCUGCUCACCUAUGCAUUACAUCUGCUCAUCUGAGCUGUCAGUGCCCCGCAUAGCUGUCACCUUCUCCCUGCAAGAGCUAGAGGAAAUCGAAAGGGACUGCGAAAUCUACAGAGGCCGCAUGGAAAGGAUUGCACAGCACAGUGCCAUCAGUAGGGAGGCAAAGGCCCUACGGACAGAAAUUGCUAGGCAGGAGUUGAUAAUUCAAGUACAGGAGACUGCUACAAAGACACUGGAGACCAUCCAAGGACGACAGCUCUCUCAGAAGUUGGCUCAGGAGGCUAAGAAGCGUGAGCUUUUUCUAGAGCUGAAACAACAAAUGGAGCAGGAACAACAGCGGCGGUUAGCAGCACAACAACAGGAGGAGGAAAAUGAUUUUGGGUUUGCUCGCGAGUUACGGGAUCGAGAGAAGAGAUUACAGGUUCUGGAGCAGCAACUAGAGAACAAAGCCAGGAUGGAGCUGAUUGAACACUACAGUCGUCUUACAGAGGAGGCUGCUGCCCGAGAGCAGAGAGCCUUGUGGAAGGUCAGGAGACAUCGGCUAGAAGCAGCUAGAGUCAGCUUUUUAGAAAAUGAUGCAAAGGAGAUACAGGCCCAACUUGAGAAGUUUCUUUUGGAUAAGUUUGUGAAACAAGAAGAUCUUCAAGAUGCAACAGAGCAAGGGAGAAAGGAUACAACAUGUCUAAUUCUGGAUCCUCCACAUCAAUACAGUGCCCCAUUUCUUCCUAAAAUUAAUGUGGCACUGAGCCACACUCCAUCUUCUGAAGACAGACGCAGUUCAGUAGAUACAGUGGAUAUGCAGGACUUUCUGCCUAAAUUCUCCAAUAUAAAUUCCAAGGUGGAUGCUGCUCUGGCAGAUAUUGGUUCUGAAUUGUGUGAAGGGGAUGUGAUUCCACAGGUGAACUGUGAUCUUCAUAUCCUUUGUACACAAGUCUCACCAACAGCAAAGCUCUCAGAAACCACGAUUAAGCAGGACACUGGAGAUAUUGUUCAGUGUGAAACUGCUAUGCAGUCAACAGCAUUGCCGAUGGAUUCAGUUAACCUAAAAGCUCAUGAUGACAACAUCAAAGUGGGGGAAAAUGUGUCAGAUGUUUGUAUAUCCUUACCUUGUUCAAAAGCUCAUGGCCAUUCCUCUGAUGCUAACAUCAAAAUUGGGGUAAAUAUGUCAGAUGUUCCUCAAGUCAGACCACGUUGGAAUAUCCAUGGCCAUGCUUCAGAUGCAAACAUCAAGGUUGGAGAAAAUGUGGCAGAUGUUGCUAUUUCCCAGCCUCGGUGGAAUAUUCAUGGUCACAUUUCAGAUGCCAGCAUUAAAGUAGGUGAUAACGUAUCUGAUGUUGGUGUGUCCCAGCCUCAUUGCAGUGUUCAUGGCCAUGCUUCAGAUGCCAACAUCAAGGUGGGAGAGAACGUAUCCGAUGUUGCUCAAGCCAGGCCACGCUGGAAUGUUCAUGGUCAUGCUUCAGACUCCAACAUUAAGGUUGGAGAGAAUGUGUCAGAUGUUGUUCAAGCCAGGCCUCGUUGGAAUAUCCAUGGCCAUGCUUCAGAUGCCAACAUUAAAGUGGGAGAGAAUAUGUCAGAUGUUGCUCAAGCCAGACCACGCUGGAAUGUUCAUGGUCAUGCUUCAGACUCCAGCAUUAAGGUUGGAGAGAAUGUGUCAGAUGUUGUUCAAGCCAGGCCUCGUUGGAAUAUCCAUGGCCACGCUUCUGAUGCCAAUAUUAAAGUGGGAGAGAAUGUGUCAGAUGUUCCCCAAUCCACACCUCGCUGGAACGUCCAUGGCCAUGCUUCAGAUGCCAAUAUCAAGGUGGGAGAAAAUGUUUCAGAUGUUCCUGUGCCCCACCCGCGCUUGAAUGUUCAUGGCCACCCUUCAGAUGCCAAGAUCAAAUUGGGAGAGAAUACUUCAGAUAUUUCUCAAGACAAACCUUAUAAUGACACAAAAAGUAAACUUGAGGAAAGGAUUGAAGAACCAGACCAACCACACCAGAGCAUCCAAGAACACACAUCUACUUCCAGCAUGAAUACUGGUCUUCAGGCUGAGUCAGAGGAAGGGCAGGAGUUAUCCAGAAUUUCACAAAAGCAGAAAGAAGAGGCCACAGAAAUACUCAGAAAGCUGGGACAGGAAGAGAAGAUCACUUUGGGCAAAUCUGCGGGAAGUGGACCUCAAUGGCAAAGUGAGCAGGUGUACAUGGACACAAUGGCAGCACGCUAUGAGGUGGAUAGAUAUCGGGACAGUUACUACAUGAUGGAUCAAUUGCCUGACUCCACCCUCCUACAGCAAGUCACUGCAGCUCGCUAUGCCCUCCCACUGGAUCCCUCUCUCCGCAGAGCCACCGAUGCCACAGCAGUGCAACUUAGUGAGCUGGUUUCUUUGCCUGUACUGAUGAAGCAUUCAGUCACAUCACCACUUGUCACACAUGUGUCCUUGGUGAAUAAGGCUGUUGUUGACUACUACUUUGUGGAACUAAGCGUUGAGAGCCACUGUGAGGCACUACGUCAUUUCUUGCUAAUGGAGGAUGGAGAGUUUGCCCAGUCACUCAGUGAUCAGCUGUUUGAGAAGUUGGGUACUGGACAGACUCCUGGUCAACUACUGACUCCUCUAGUGUUGAACUCCAUCCUUAACAAGGCACUGCAGUACAGCUUACAUGGUCACUCACAAGUGGCUUCCAAGCUGACCUUUGCUCUGCGUUUCAUGCCUGAUGCCUUUCACCCCCAUGCUCCUGAUGUGCUGGCCUGUUUGGAGCUUCAGUACAAGGUGGACUGGCCUCUGAAUGUGGUCAUCACAGAGAGUUGCAUGAACAAGUAUAACCGCAUCUUCUCCUUCCUUUUACAACUCAAGCAUAUGGUGUGGACACUGCAUGAUGUCUGGCUACACCUCCGUAGGGCAGCACUUGUGAAGGGUGCAGGCGGUUCAGCCCAGUUCCGGCAGCUACAACUCUACCGUCAUGAGAUGCAGCACUUUGUUAAGGUUAUUCAGGGCUACAUUGCUAGCCAGAUUCUUCAGGUCAGCUGGAGUGAGUUCCACCAGAGGCUGACCAGUGUGGGAAACCUGGAAGAUUUAUAUCGUGCACAUGCUGACUACCUCAAUAAGGCUGUCUUCAGAGGCCUCCUCACUGAGAAGGCCACCCCAGUAAUGAACAUCAUCCACAGCAUCUUCAGCCUGAUCCUCAAGUUUCGAGCUCAGCUUAUCUCCCAAGCUUGGCGGUGCCAGCAGGGUGUGGCAGAGCACCCAAAUUUUGGAGCCAUGCAUCAGUCUUACCGCACAUUUAAACACUACUCGCACUUCCUCUUCAAAGUUGUGACCAAGCUUGUGAAUCGGGGUUACCAACCACACUUGGAGGACUUCCUGCUCCGGAUCAACUUCAACAGCUACUAUCGAGAUUCAUGAUGGAUGUAUAUAUAGCCUUGAGUCUGCCUACUUGGCAGUGUAAACAUAUGUAAAUAAAGCGAUCAACAAA